UUUACUUUCACUUGGAUGGACCCUUUACUUGCACUCGGAUGUAAAAAAACGCUGAACCUUGAAGAUGUUCCUCAACUUGCCAAUUGUGAUAGUGCCAAGGAGGUCUUUGCUCAUUUUAGAAAUAAACUUGAAUCUGAUGGUAAUGAUAGAGGUAGUGUUGGUCAGAUAAACACAAUCAAGCUAGUGAAAGCAUUGAUUCUUUCAGCAUGGAAAGAAAUUCUAUGGACGACUCUGUUCUCCAUUAUACACACAUUGGCUUCUUAUAUUGGACCAUGCCUUAUUAAAGCCUUUAUCCAGUAUCUCAAUAGCCCUCACCAAUUAAAAUAUAAAGGCUAUAUGUUAGUGUUUGUUUUCUUUCUUUCAAAGCUUAUAACAAGCCUCUCAGAGAGACACUUAUUCUUUCAAUUGCGAAAGAUGGGAAAUAAGGUCCGUGCUGCCUUGUUAGCAACAAUCUAUAAGAAGGUUCUUAGGCUUUCAAGCCAAUCAAAGUGGGACCAUAAUAGUGGGGAGAACAUUAAUUUGAUAAGUGUUGAUGCUGAAAGGAUUGGCUUCUUUAGCUGGUAUUUGCACAAUAUAUGGAGGGUGCCUCUUCAAAUUGUUUUAGCAUUAUUGAUCUUAUACGAGAGUCUUAGGCUCGCUUCACUUGUGGCUUUUGUUGCUACAAUGAUUUUGAUGUUAGCAAAUAUUCCACUCGGAAAAUUACAAAAAAGAUUUCAAGAGAAAUUGAUGGAUUCAAAGGAUCGAAGGAUGAAGGUGACAUCUGAAGCUUUGAAGAAUAUGAGGAUUCUCAAGCUCCAUGCCUGGGAGAUGAAGUUCUUGACUAAGAUAAUGAAACUCAGAAAUUUGGAAACAAAAUGGUUAAAAAAGUUACUUUAUUCAUCGGCUCUUAUUGGCUCUAUUUACAUGUCUGCUCCCAUGUUUGUAUCUAUUGUUACUUUUGGAUUUUGCGUACUUAUGGAAAUUCCACUAGAGUCAUGGAAGAUUUUGUCAGCACUUGCAACAUUUAAUAUAUUGCGAGGGCCCAUUUAUAAUCUCCCAGACACAAUUUCUAUGAUAGUUCAGACUAAAGUUUCGCUCGAUAGGGUAGUCUCAUUCCUUUGUCUCAAUGAUCUUCAUCCGAAUAUAGUUCAUACGCUUCCAAAAGAUUAUAUCGAGAUUGCAGUUGAAAUAGUCAAUGGGAAUUUUUCUUGGGACCUUCAAUCUCCUAAUCUCACACUAAAAGAUCUCAAUUUUCGAGUAUACCAUGGUACGAGGGUGGCUAUUUGUGGUUCUAUUGGGUCAGGAAAGUCAAGUCUAAUUUCAUGCAUAUUGGGGGAAGUUCCAAAGGUAUCUGGAUCUAUUAAGUUGAAUGGGACAAAGGCCUAUGUUCCACAAUCACCUUGGAUACAGAGUGGCAAGAUAGUAGAUAAUAUAUUGUUUGGUAAAGAGAUGGACAAAGACAAGUAUGAGAUAAUCCUUGAAGCAUGUUCAUUGAAGAAGGACAUAGAAUUAUUAGCCUUUGGGGACCAGACUAUCAUAGGUGACAAGGGGGUCAACCUUAGUGGUGGACAAAAACAAAGAAUCCAAAUUGCACGUGCUUUGUACCAUGAUGCUGAUAUUUAUCUACUUGAUGAUCCCUUUAGUGCAGUGGAUGCUCACACAGGAACUCAUCUAUUUAAGGAGUGCUUGCUGGGAAUUUUGGGUUCAAAAACGGUAAUUUAUAUUACCCAUCAAAUAGAGUUUUUAUCUUUUGCUGAUCUUAUCCUGGUUAUGAGAGAUGGAAAAAUUACCCAAGCAGGUAAGUAUGAAGAAAUUCUUAGUUCAGGAACCGAUUUUAUGGAUUUAGUGAGUCCACAUAAGAAAGCUUUGGCAGAACUUAAUUCUAUCAAAUGUGGGACUACUUUGGAUUAUUUAGUUAAUGAUGAGAAAGAUGAUGAUAAUAUGUUAUAUAGUGAGAAGUCUAUUCAAGAUGAUAAGGAAAGAGAAUCCAAAAAUCACAAAACAGAAGAUCUAGUAAGGCCAAAAGAGCAACUUGUUCAAGAAGAAAAGAGGGAAAAUGGUGGAGUUAGUUUUGCAUUCUACUGGAAGUAUGUUACCACUACAUAUAAAGGGGCUUUUGUACCAUUUAUAUUGUUAGCAGAAAUCCUUUCUCAGCUUCUCCGAAUAAUUAGUAGUUAUUGGAUGGUGUUGGCUACUCCCGUUUCAGAGGAAAUGAAACCCCAUUUUAAAGGAUCCACUAUCAUCUUUGUUUAUGUUGCUUUGACCCUUGGAAGCUCUCUUUUUGAACUUAAAAGGACUAUGCUCACAGUAACUACUGGAUAUAAGACAGCCACUCAGCUCUUCAACAAAAUGCAUUUGUGCAUUUACCGUGCUCCUAUGUCAUUUUUUGAUUCUACUCCAAGUGGAAGGAUUCUAAAUCGGGCAUCCAUAGAUCAAAGUGCAGUUGAUACUUCUAUUCCACGUUCCUUUGAAGAACUUCUAAUUUCAAUCAUUGGAUUCUUAGGAUCCAUUGCAGUAAUGUCACAGGUUUCAUGGCAGAUGUUAAUAAUUUUUAUUCCAAUGUCUUUGGCAUGCAUAUGGUACCAGCAAUACUACAUAUCUACAGCACGAGAAUUAUCACGCUUAGCCGGAGUAUGCCAUGCUCCAAUUACACAACAUUUUUCAGAAUCUAGUUUAGGUUCAACUAUAAUCAGGUGUUUUGAUCAAGAAGAGAGGUUUAUGGACACAAAUCUCAAGCUGGUGGAUGGGUAUUUUCGGCCGAAAUUUCAACUCUCUGGGGCAACGGAGUGGUUAUGCUUCCGUUUGGAUAUGUUGACAUCCCUCACAUAUGUUGUCUCUUUGGUUUUCUUGAUCUCAGUGCUGAAGGGAGUACUUAGUCCUGGUGUGUUGGGCUUAGCAGUCACAUAUGGUCUUGAAUUCAGCAUUUAUGGGGUCAUAUGGGAUCUUAGCAGUCUUGAGAAUAAAAUCAUAUCUGUUGAAAGAAUACUACAAUAUGCUUCUAUCCCUAGUGAAUCUCCUUUAUUGGUAGAAGCAAAUAGGCCAGGUCAUGAAUGGCCAUCGCAAGGGAAAGUUGAUAUUGUUGAUCUACAGGUCAGGUAUGCCCCACACCUUCCUCUUAUCUUACGAGGCAUCACAUGCACUUUCCUUGGAGGGAUGAAGAUUGGCAUCGUUGGGCGAACGGGAAGUGGUAAAUCAACGCUUGUACAAACUCUUUUUCGCUUGCUUGAACCUGCAGCUGGUCAGAUUUUGAUAGAUGAUAUAAACAUCACAAAGAUUGGCCUUCAUGACUUGAGGUCAAGAUUGAGUAUCAUCCCGCAAGACCCAACUAUGUUUGAGGGGACUUUAAGAAGUAAUCUUGACCCACUUGAAGAGCACACUGAUGAAGAGAUUUGGGAGGCUUUAGAUAGAUGUCAGCUUGGUGAUGAAGUUAGAAAGAAGGAAGGGAAGCUUGAUACUAUAGUGACUGAGAAUGGAGAAAAUUGGAGCAUGGGUCAAAGGCAACUAGCCUGUUUAGGGCGGGUACUGCUCAAGAGGAGUAAAAUAUUAAUACUCGAUGAAGCUACUGCAUCAGUGGAUACUGCAACUGACUAUCUAAUUCAGAAAACGCUCAGAGAACACUUUUCAGGGUCUACUAUUAUCACAAUUGCACAUAGGGUAACAUCAAUUCUUGAUGUCGAUAAGGUCCUUCUCCUCGACAAUGGACUCGUAAUGGAAUAUGAUUCCCCAGCAAAAUUGCUAGAAAUGAAGUCCUCAGCGUUUGCACAACUUGUUAAGGAGUAUACUCAAAGAUGUAGUUCCUAGUUUUUUGAAAGACUAAAUAAGGUCUUGAAGCUAAAAAUGCCUUCUCAUAUUAUUGGGAAAAACAUAUUGGUCGUCAUCCACACCCUCCACAUUGGUUAGCUGCAAAGACCUCUCCAUUAAGCCUUCAGCAAGCUGCAGUUUAUAUGAAACUUAUAAAAGAAAAUGAAUUGGCUUCUCACUUGCAUUCAUUUUGUAAGCAGGCUAAUAUUGCUUGUUCUACAAAUGCACUGGUGAAGAAGACAAUAGAAGGCACAACCCUACCACCUAUAGCCCAGUGGAAUGGUGUCAAAGAGACAUAUGAUGAUCUUCCAAAAGAAACACCCCUAUCGGUUUCCAACCAAGGGGGAUUGCCUUAUUUUAGGGAGUCAAUGGUGAAAGAGGGAGGUUUCAUAUCUAUCCCUGAUUUAAGGGACCCAAUGUCAUAUAGGUCAUUCUUGCCACAAUCUCUAAUGUCAAAUAUCCCAUUUUCUUUCUCUCGGAUCAAAGAAUUGAAGAAUAUUUUUGGUGUGGUGGAUGACUCAGACAUGGAUGAGUAUAUUCAAAACACCCUCAAGAUAUGUGAGAAAAACCCCAUUCGAGGUGAGCAAUACACUUGUGCAACUUCCGCAGAGGAUCUCAUCGACUUUGUUGUCAAGAAAUUAGGGCACCAUCUACGCAUAUGGAGUAUUGAGAAUGUCGAAGGAUCUUAUGAGAAUGUCACAAUUGGAUCUGUAACACUCAUCCAUGGAAAUCUCUCUAAACCACCAAUUUUAUGUCAUAGUAUGCCAUUCCUAUCUCAAGUUUAUUAUUGCCAUGUUUUCCAGAAAGUUAAAGUGUAUGCAGUUGAUAUGCUUACUAGGAAGAAAGUGGAUCAUAUGAUCAUGGUAUGCCACUAUGACACAUCAACUUGGAAUCCAAACAAUAUUGCUUUUAAGCAGUUGGGUUUUGGUCCAGGCAUAAUUGAAGUCUGUCAUUGGAUAAACGAAAAUGGAGUGGUUUGGGCAAAGACUGGUUGAGAAGUGUUUGAAGAUUUGAUUAUCUUCUGAUUCCUUUGUUUGUGUAACACCAUUACUUUUUAGCUAUUUGAAGGAUAAAUAAUGACAUAUUUUGGCUUGAUUGUUA